AUGAAACAUGGCUGGAAAGCGCAAGCCGACGUAGACAGUGCUGUAUGUGCUGAAAUACCAGACAGAGAGGAAGAAUCGGAGGCGUAUGAAGCAGUCACCACGUACAUGAUCCACAGGAAAUGCGGCGCUGAUGAUACUCAUUCACCAUGUAUGCGUGAUGGAAGGCAGCUAAGUAAUGUCGCCUUGGAACGGCUAUGCACAUUCUGUCAACAGGAUGAGCGCGUCUACAAAAGCGUUAACGAGGCACUGUAUUAUGAAGGAAGCUCGGAUGAGCUGCUGGAGUACCUAAACACGUUGGAACCAACUGGAAUGCCACCUCAAGAGCUACUUCUGAAGAAAGGUGCAGUCGUCAUGCUUCUGCGCAAUCUUGACGUUGUCAGCGGUCUCUGCAACGGGACACAAUGA